AUGGCAAAUUUUGUUGGAGAUUCUGCAAGUGCUACCAGUGCUACGUCCUCCACGAAGGCCGCACAGCGCGUGAAGAAACGAAAUUUUAACCCGAUGUGGAAAGAAGAGUACUUCUUCGAAGAAAGCGGGCAAAAUGCAAGGUGCAUUAUUUGCAAAAAAGAAUUGUUAGAUUUGAAAAAAACAAAUAUUAAGAGACAUUUUGACAACAUGCACGGGCAACAAUAUGGACAGCUGACUUCUGACGAACGACAGCAGAAACUGAAGGAACUUCAAGGAGAAUAUCCGUCAACACCUAAUGAAACAGCAAUAAGAUAUAGUUAUCUAAUUGCGCUAGAAAUAGCAAAAAGCGGGCACUGUUUCCCGGACGGGAAAUUCGUAAAAAAAGUUUUUAAUAUUGUUUCGAACGGGAUGCGUUCGAAAGAAGCAGAUUUAUUGAAGAAUAUAAGCCUCUCAAGACGCACAAUUGCCCGUCGCAUACAAGAAAUGGGACAGAAUCUUCACCAAGAGAUAGUGAAGAAAAGCAAUAAUUUAAUUAAGUUUUCCAUCUGUUUGGAUGAGUCUACUGAUGUAAAGGGUACAUCACAGUUGGCGAUUUUCAUUCGUGGUGUCAACGAAGACUUAGAGAUCACGGAGGAAUUAUUAGAUUUCUGCUCCAUGCAUGGAACAACAACAGGAGAAGACAUCUUCUCAUGCGUCGAGGCUACAAUAGAUAUUAAUGGACUCGAUUGGUCCAAGUUAAUAUCAGUAACAACGGACGGUGCACCGGCAAUGGUGGGCAAGUACAUCGGAGUACUUGCCUAUGUAAAACGGAAAAUGGCAAAUUUGCACAUUACGAAUGAUGUCACAACUAUUCAUUGUGGCAUCCAUCAAGAAAAUUUGUGCGCAAAAAAGAUGAAUACGGACAUGUUAAGAGUAUAG